AGUUCUCCUGGUUUUCUUUUCUCUGCUCGACGACAGCGUCCAGGGUGAAACGACACACAGCUAUGAGCUCUUCAAGUUGUCUGGCCCGCUGUGCGAGGGUGAAAGUAUUGGACUAACUUUUAGUUGUCUUCAACGACUGGAAUUUGACUCAACCUAGCCUCAAAAUGAUGCAUUUCCUGCUGCUCUUCAGUCGCCAAGGCAAGCUCCGCCUCCAGAAGUGGUUCACGCCCAUCCCUGAACGAGAGAAGAAGAAGAUCGUCAGGGACAUGACCACCAUGGUGUUGGGGCGGAAACCACGCUCCUGCAACUUCCUGCACUGGAAAGACCUGAAGAUCGUCUACAAGAAGUAUGCCAGUCUGUAUUUCUGCUGUGGUCUGGAUGCUGAGGAGAAUGAGCUGCUAGCCCUGGAGGUGCUGCAUCGCUAUGUGGAGCUGCUGGACAAGUACUUUGGCAAUGUAUGUGAGCUGGACAUAAUAUUUAACUUUGAAAAGGCUUACUUCAUCCUGGAUGAGUUUCUGUUGGGGGGAGAGGUACAGGAGACGUCCAAACAGGUCGUAUCCCGCUCCAUCGAGGCCUCAGACAUGCUACAGGAGGCUGAGAUUGACAACAGUGAUUAUGAUCUGGAGCUUGGAUGGCCUUGAAUUUGGACAAAGACCAUGGAGGAAUACAUGAGCAAGCCUGCGUUCUAAUACUGGAACCAGGAAUCUACACACACAAGAAGGAAUGUGGAAUACAGGACCAUUCCAGAACUGGAAGUCUUCCUACUGUACAGAAUCCAUGGAAUUACGAGUUCUAGAAUUCUAUUUCUAUGACGGAAUUUGUCUGCUGAGGUGGGCAGGAUGUUUUAUCCUGGAUUGUUGUUUUCUAAAUACGGCUUUAUUUUUCCUCGUAAGAUAAGGACGAGACUUUAGCUGUUAUUAUUGAUAUGAUCACCCAUCCCCCUGGAUCCUUGAAGUAGUUACUGAAAACUAGGGUUAUAACAAUCCUAAUAUAUCACCACGAAGUGCUUUUGAAUCAAUUCUUGAUUUCUUCAAUGACAUGUUGUGCAUGUAAGAUUAUAUGGAAAUUGAAGAAGUGCCCCUUUAGAAUAUGUAUUUGAUGUUGCGUUUUAAAUGCAUCUUGUAGACUAGCCUUGUUUUGUAUAAUCUUGGUUGGGACCAGCCUUUUUGGAAAGGGAAUUAUUUAUCUGGGUGAAUGUUACGCAUUGUUUUUUAUAAAACUAAUUAUUGAUUUUGAAUGUUGACGACGUUGAAAUUAAAGUGCAUUUUGAUACUUGAA